AUGGCUCGCGAUAAUACUGAAGCCGCGCAACAGCGCCAUGUCCAUUUCGACCCCAACGUCCUGAGAAAGCACGCUCCCAAAGCCGGCAAGCUUCCUCCCUCCGAGGUCAGACGCAAGUCCCUCGAUCCCAACGACUUCGUCGGCCCUGAUUUUCAGGGCGCCGCCUCUCACACAGUCGGCCAAGACGAUGAUGACGACGAGCCCGAAGAUCUCGACUUGUCGAACCUCGCCCCCGAGGAACUCUACAAAAGUGCCUAA